CGGACAGAAGGGAGCGAGAGAAACACUACACCCCGAGGACGGAGCGAGCACGCGGGGGGGAGGAGGAGGAGAGAGCAGCGCUGAGUGACGUGAGAGAGAGUGGAGGACUAAAAAGUCUGCGAAGAAGAAAGAGAGGUCGCUCUCUAACGUUCAUUUCUGUCUAAUAAGUCACAGCUCUGCGGUGGAGAGAUGCGGAACAGCCGCGAGGAUGCGGCUGGGACGGAGUGAGCAGUUAGCGAAGAGGAAAAGAGAGAGAAACUGGCUCGAGCCGGGACGGUUGGUCCUCUUUACCCCCUCUCAAGUUGAGCAGAUUUAAAAACGGGACCAGAAGUGGGGGACCAACGUGGUUUUCGCCUGAAACAAGCUUUGUUUUUGAGCGAAGAGCCGGAGAAACGGAGCCCGGCGGCAGCGGCGGCUCGAGUUGAGAGCGGAUCGAGCCGCUGAAGCUACAGGAGGGGGAAAAGUUUGCCGUGUGUCUUUACCUAAUUUUCCAGAGCGGGACCAGACCGAAACGCAGACCUGUCUUUCCACAAACAACUUUGUGGAAUUCUUACAGUUUAGUUUUCCAGCUGUGUGUGUGUGUGAGAGAGAGAGAGAGAGAAGCAGCUGAAGCAGUAUGAAAACACCUGGAGACACUGGGUUUGCCUUUCCAGAAUGGGCCUACAAGCCCGAGUCCAGCCCCGGGUCCAGGCAGAUCCAGCUGUGGCAUUUCAUCCUGGAGCUUCUCAGGAAGGAGGAGUACCACGAUGUCAUCGCGUGGCAAGGGGACUACGGCGAGUUCGUCAUCAAGGAUCCAGACGAGGUGGCCCGUCUGUGGGGUGCAAGGAAGUGCAAACCGCAGAUGAACUAUGAUAAACUCAGCAGGGCCCUGAGAUAUUAUUACAACAAGAGGAUCCUCCAUAAGACCAAAGGGAAGCGGUUUACUUACAAGUUCAACUUCAACAAACUGGUUUUGGUGAACUACCCCUUCAUCGACAUGGGCUCCACUGGAAGCAGCGUUCCUCAGAGUGCCCCUCCUGUCCCAACCGGAGCGGGGACCCAUUUCCGCUUCCCCCCCUCCACGCCCUCAGAGGUCCUGUCCCCCAACGAGGACCUGCGCAGCCCCGGGGGCAUGUUCAGCUCGGUGGCCCGGCGGAUGGCCCGCGGCUCGGUCAGCGACUGCAGCGACGGCACCUCCGUCAAUUCAGAGAUCGAGGAGGGCAACGUGGGAGCGGGGGAGGAGAGGGGAGAGAGGGGAGGAGGCCCCGGCGGUGGAGGAGGCUACCGGAGCAUCGUCCAUCCACGACUGUCUCAUGAGACCCUGUUUCGGAUGUAUGGAGCACCAGGUAACCCCACCGGACACCCAGGCUCCCGUGGCCCCACGGGACAUCGUCUCCCCCAGGAGCCCCUGUCCCCCUUCCCUGUGUCCCCUCUGCCAGGAGCCAACCUCUUAGCUCCUCCUCUGUCUCCAGCACUCUCCAUGACCCCUACAUCCCACCUCGCCUACACUCCCUCACCCACGCUUUCACCCAUGUUGGGCUCACACUUCUCUUUCAACCCAGAGGACAUGAAGCGCUACCUGCAGGCCCACACCCAGUCGGUGUACAACUACGGCCUCAGCCCCCGAGCGUUCCUCCAGUACCCCAACAUCGUCAUCCCUCAGCCCCACCGGCCCGCCGCCGACAAGUCGGGCCUGACCGCCGACAGAGGAGCCGCCGAGAGAGCCGCCACAGCCGGGGCAGGAGACAGGGGAGGAGACCGACACCACCAUCCGUCUUUGGCUCACUCCGCCCACCACCACCCACAGCCUCCCCACUCUGCUCACCCUCACCCUCACUCCCAUUCCAUGCACCACGCGCUCCACCUGGGAGAGGAGCCCCCACACAUGUCCCCGUUUAAGUUCAAGCUGCAGCCGCCUCCGCUGGGACGGAAGCAGAGAGAAGGACAGAGCCAGAGUAAACCCAGACAGAGCUCCUUGUCCUCUGGAUCCGGGUCCAUGUCCUCUACGUCUGGUCUGGGGUCGUCGCUGUCGUUCGGCAGCGACCUGAGCUCCGCCAGCGGCUCGGGGGUCAUCUCUGCUUCAUCCUCAACGCAGUCACUAAACAGCGCAGGACUCCCGAAGAUCAAGGUGGAGCCCAUCUCUGACAUCGAGUCAGAGGAAGAGGUGGAGGUGACGGACAUCAGCGAUGAAGACCCAGAUGAGAGGGAAAACGAGUUUGAGCUUUACUCUCGCCACUCCAGAGUUUCCAACCAUCACCACCUUUCCAACGGCAGCGGCACCUCCCAGCACCACGACGAGGAUCUGGAUGAGGACGUCUUCAAAGCCCCGGCUCCUCCUCCUCCUGGCCUGCUGCCGUUCUUCACCUCGCACCACAUUCACUACUCCGGCUCACAUCGCGGGCUGACCGCCGUCAAGACCGAACCGGUAGAGGCGGGAGAAAGAGACGCCCCCCCUUCUCUCACGCUGUCGGCAGAGUCCACUCACACCAAGUGCAUCCCGCUCAAGCUGCGCUUCAAGAGGCGCUGGAGCGAAGACCAGCGUAUGGAGGCCUCUCAGGAAGAGUCCGAUGAUAAAAAAGUUCGACCAGAGGCGGAGAGGAUUAGAGAGAGGCAAAGAAACGGGUGUGUGGACAUGGAGGAGGACGGGACAGGCAGCGGAGAGGGGGAUAGUCCUCCCCUGUUAGCUUAUGAAGGCUCGUUAGCGACGCCGCAGGCUUCUCACCGGAGGGCGAGUGCUGAGCUGCACCGCGCUGCUGCGCAGCUCUCUCUGGAGAAUAAAGACUGCUGAUGGGGACCUCAGCCCAAACACUAUCGCUCCAGUAGUCCGAGGGGUGGGACGGGAGCAUGUAAACGAUUCCUCCCAAAUCCCACUCCCACUCUGACAAACUAGACUCCUGAAAUCUCCAGUGACCCGAGAGCAGAGUCCAACGUGCGCAAUCGUAAAACUGACAGAAGGCAGCCCAGAUUCUCUUUGUCAGACCCACCAUCUUCCCUGGAUGGGGGCUCCUCCGGGAUGCAUCCUUACUCUGACUCAGCCACACUGGCUCUAAAAUCAUCCUCCACCUGGUCAGUCAAGCUCCAGAAUCCCUGCUCCAGUAGCAUGUCUCCCACGGGAUCAGCAGCUCUUUCCUCAGGAGACACACUCUCUUACAGGACCAUCACACACACACACAACUUUACCCACAGGACGACGGGACUUUUAAGUGCCUGCAUCUAACCCCGAGAGCCCCGCUGCAACGUGGAGGAGUGCAAAGGACAGGCAGGGACGGAGAUGGGCUCGUAAAUGAUCAGUGGGACUAAAACGAAGCGUCUCUAGGACUGAUGAGUGGGACAGGACGGACUCUUAAACCUGGCCCACUCCACUCAGGGAAGCCUAUCGCUCUACGUUCAUCAGAUCCACAAACGACUCAAGCUUGGAGGGCUGAACUGUUCACGGCCACACAGGCCUGUAAAAACGCUGAGACGUGCACACGGAGGGAGUUUGACUCUCUGGUUUACUGUCCUCUCUUUCUCUGUCCCUCUCCUGUGUCAGCCCUCUCUCCAGCGUGGAAUCAUCACGGCUCGUCUCACAGAAAUCCCAUGAGGUCUAGGGAGAUAUGAGGAGAGGACAGAGGAUGAAGGAGGUACCAGGAAAACCUUGCAGGGCGAGGAGGAAGAGGCGACUCGCCUUCUUACCUCAAACAGCUCGUAAACUUCAGAAUAGUCUCAGAAACCAGGUUCACCAGCGAGAGCUCGUCUAACAGUCAUAGAUGGUGUUUAACUAAACCAGCAAACACACACACGCACAUGCACAGCACUGCCAUCAUCCUAAACCUCUAACACACACACACACACACACACACGUACUGCAGAUGCACGGCUUGUUUUUAAAGCAUGUAAAAUAAUGCAACCUGAGCUCUAACAACACAAAAAGAAUAUAUCUUUAUAGGUUCUAAAUAAAAGGAUUUAAGAAAUUUUAUCUAAAAGACAUUUUAAUGAUCGAUUCAGGGUUUUUAUUUUAAUAAGUGGAUUUUUUUCAGUGGUCAGACAGACAGAGACGUUUACAGUUUACAGUCUGGUUGGAGGACAAAAACGGGGGGGGGGGGGGGGUGUACAUUUGUUUCAUAAACAGCUCAGGCCAGUCCAGCAGAACCAGACCAGCUCCCGACUCAGACUUCUGGUGACCCCGGCGGCGUGGCGUGCUGCGGAGCGGCUCACGCUGCCGUUCACUCUUCACUUGUUCUGCCGUAGCUUUGGCCUUUCAGCGCUCCGUUUCGCUCUUGUCUGCAGCCUCGCUCUGUCGGUGGGGUUCUCGUUGUCCUGGCUGCAGGCCAUCUCUACAGGCUGUGUGUGUGCGUGCAUGCGUGUGUGUGUGCAUGCGUGCGUGUGCGUGCAGAGUCAGCUCAGGGGUUAUCAUUGGAGUAGUAAUCCCGAUUUUUCCCAAAGGCUUGUUAGCAGAAAGCUUCAUCUGAGUGGAAAGAAGGGGUUAAACAUUACUGUAUGAUAGGGGACCCCCCCCCCCCCCCCCCCACACACACACACACACACCUAUCUAAUCUCUGCACACUCACACACAAGAACACGUCUGUGAUUGGUUCUAACAUCCCGCAGCACCUAAUUGGUCAGCUGAGACGUGUGGACGGGCGUCUUGUCCCCGCCUGGCAGAAAAGCAACAAGACAGAUGCAUCAAAGCCUCAUCAGCCCCCGAUCACCGGGUCCAUGCUGCAGCCUCUCACAGCACACACACACACACACACACACACACACCAGUUCCUAUGUCUGUAUUUGAACUGACAGCUGCCUUAUUCUCCGAUCUCAGCGAUAGAUGGGACACCGGUCUCAGCUGAUCUUUUUCCUCUCUCCCAGUUAACCCGUUCAGUCUGGUUCAGUCUCUCUCUCUCGCUCUCGCUCUCUCGCUCUCUCUCUCUCUCGCUCUCUCUCUCUCUCUCUCUCUCUCUCUCAUCCUGUCCAGCGGCACAAAGACGACGUUUCUCUGUCAGAAGAAUAAAGUUUUAUUGGUAUAUUUUUUAUGGUUCUCCCUGAUCUGGCGUCUGAUUCCAGCGUAGCUGACGCUCUUCGUGCCGUGUUUGUCGCCUUGGACGCCCAUUCCCUGUAUCAAACCCUUCUUGCCGAGAAGCGGUCGUUUCCGUUUCUACAAAUGUAAAAUAAGUGAAAUGUGUAACAUUAUUUUUGAUGCUGACAGCGACGUAACAUCUGGGACUGAGCGGGACUUUAGCGGUUUUUAUCUUGUUUUAAUUUUAUAUUGUUUAUUUUCUCUCUCCCGUAUAUUUUCCUGUGUUCUUUGGAAGCGGGUGUAUGAUUUUAAAAGUAAAGAUGUUGUUUUACCGUGUAAAGAUCUAUCUUCUCCCUCUUUCGCUCUGUUCUCUCACCUCUUCUCCCCCAGAGAAGUUACGUAACACUCGGACGGAGAGAGGAGAGUUAAUACUCUGAUGUAACAUUGAAUUUCUCUUCUUUCAUGUUUUGUUUUUUGUUUUGUUUUUUUCAAAACUUGUAAUUAAGAUGUAAUCAGGGUUAAUUAAAACCAGUUAAAACCCAA